AUCAAAGUUCACAACCCGUCGGGACGUCGGGAAAAAAGGACCCGGCGGCCGAGCCACAACGAUGCUCCAAAGAUGACUUUACGGGCUUCAAUGCUUUCGGCAACACGCAGAUGUAUUUGACUCCUUUCAUGUACGACCCGUCUGCACCACAUGGAGAGGAGGUGGAUGAUUUGGGCGACUUUCCUCCGGGAGCUUUGGCCCUGAUGUAUGAUCCACCCAUUGAUGAUGACUUAGACAGCCCCUCCGACUGGACCAAUGAGUCAGAGUGGACCUUUUCAGCGCCUUCAGGAUCCAGGCCAGCAUUGCAGAGGAUCGAUGUCGACAACCUGGAGCAAACCAUGGGCAUGACCGUGCCGCGGAGCCAAGGUGCUCUACCCGGACGGGCAUUGUCUGCAACUCCGAAUGGUUUGGGAGCACAUGGCUUGCCAAGCACCAGCUUCGGGCCCACAAGCCGCCCCGAGAUACUGAAACCAUUGGUGGUGGAUGCAGGUGCAUCGGCCAAAACGAAUCGGCGGGUUUCACUGGGCGAUGAUGAGCAACCCAGGACCUUCUCUCGUUCGGUCAGAGAAGCUCAAACGUGUACCUCUGAGGUUGGGGCUGCAUCCAUCGCAGCCAUCCUGGAAUGUGUUGAACAAGCGCAGGACGUGCCGCAUCAACAGCGUCCCAACUCGGAGAAAUGGUCGGAGCGCUUAAGGACCUUUGAGCCGACUUCCAGGUCAGAACUGCUUGGAUGA